GAUAUGAUUCGAUCUCACAUAUGUUCAACAUGACAUCGAUGAAACGGAUCUGACCUUGGCAGGCUCGUUGGCCUGAUCUGCCUGAUCGACUGCUAACCUCUGGCCUCUGCCUUUCUCAAUCCACUUUGUUCAUCCCGACAGAUCUUUGGUGGAUGGCCCUAACAAUCAGCUCACUUUAUCCUAGUUCGCCCAUAUAUGCCACCGGUUCCUGGCCUGCGAACACCCUUUGGCUGUUGGCCUGCAUGGUUUCUCCUGGUGCUACACAACUUUUCGCUGGCUUAUAUAGGUUUUCAGAACAUCCCUAUCCACAGUGUAUUUCAGAAUGUUUUACCAUCACUGGCAGGAUUUUGAGCUGUACAAUCAUGUCAAGGCAUCACAGGCAGGACAGUCACAAGCGACCUGCCGAUAAUUCGACUCAACAGAACUGCCUGCCGUUUGCUUCAGUGAAUUCAAACGAGGAUCCUACACCUGCUGAUAUUCAACAUCAAGUCAUGUAUGGCGUGGGCUCGACGAGCAAUGACCAAGCAUUCGCUCUUGUUAGUCUACAUGACGCGGGCCUAUCCCAAAGUGAUGACUCAAGUCCACUUCCAAGCGAUGUCUCGGACCCACUUCCGCUCCUUGAUCGACAGAUCGGUCAGCCUAACGUUCAUAGUGUUGCUGGACGGCCUUCGCGCGACGGUUUUUUCAUACAGAUUCCAUGCUUGUGGACUAACCAUCAAAGCCAGUGCGACUUUUCUGCGGAUACUAUCAAGAGUGUAUUAAUGCAUAUGACAUCACAACAUCUCCGUAAGAAGCAGCCAUCCAGCAGUCAGGUGCAAUGUUGCAUUUGUUCACCCCCAAGGACCGUCAGGAGAGAUACAAUCCGCCGACACAUCAGGGAGAUACAUUACGGAGACAAGUCUCGCUGCAGACGCCCCUCUUGCCCUCGUCAUCCUUCCUCUGGUAAUUCACAUGACCUUCUGCAACCACACGGCCAACGUUACCAUAUACAUCAUCUCAGGGUCCUGAAUCAGUGCGAAGUAACUCCAAUUCUCGACUGUGACUUCCUUCACCCCCGUGAUACCUUCUACUGGCACGAUUCUCGUCAUUCCCACUACCCGAUGCUUUCCCACCUACGGACCUAGUGAGGUUCGCACAAUGUGAUUUCAACACUUGGGAUAGCUCUCCUGCAUCAGAUUUACUCGGUCAUUUCAGUCACGGUGAGCAAGGACGUUCAUGCCCAAGCCGAUAUAGCCCUAUAUUUGAUUCAGGCUAUACUUGUGAAGCUGGAUACAAUAAACGCGAUGACCUUGACGAGCAAAAGCAUUCAUCAAGUCCCUAUCGUCUGGUUACUGUGAUGGAGGAUACCCCCAAGA